AAGUUCCGGGGCUGAGAUUGAAAAGGGCGCUCACCCUUAAUGGUGGAGGACUGAACGAGGUUAGGGUGGCAGUGGGGAGAGAGGUGAAGGGUAGCCUGGUGGUCGGAGCCAGGGAAGGCGGGUAUGGAGAAUGGGUUCCCAGUUUGCAGAGCUGUGACAUUGCCCCGGCGCCUGGGGGUCUGCGGGAGGCGGCCGAGAACAGCGAGUCCCUCACCCCGGGGGCUGCUUGUGUUGCGCAGGAUACCGAGCAUCUCUAUACAGUAGUGUUCGAAGAGAUCUGUGGGCGUUUUGGGAAGACCUAUACUUGGGAUGUGAAAGCCUUAGUCAUGGGUAAAAAAGCCUUAGAAGGGGCACAGAUUAUUCGAGAUGUUCUAGAUCUUCCAAUAACUAAAGAAGAGUUAUUACAUGAAAGUAAAAUGAAGCAGGAGAAGAUAUUCCCUACUGCUGAAUUGCUGCCAGGGGUAGAUAAGCUGAUCCGUCAUUUACACAAACACAACAUACCCAUAGCUGUUGCCACCAGCUCAGCUGAAGCGACAUUCCAGAUGAAAACAGCCAGACACAAAGACUUCUUUGGUCUUUUUCAUCAUACUGUGUUGGGAGAUGACCCCGAGGUGAAGUGUGGCAAGCCACAACCUGAUGCAUUUCUAGUUUGUGCAAAGAGAUUUCACCCUCCUGCACCUCCAGAGAAGCUAUAUAUGCCAAGGGAUGUUAAAGACAACAAGAAGAGCUUCUAUAAGUCCAUAGGAGACAAAAGGAAGACUAGGGAAAACGUGAGCCUGUCGCUGAAUGAGAUGGGGGGCUUGGCUACACAGAGCAUGAGAAAGGCUGAAGUACUGAAUGCAGCAAGCCAGGAACGCCAGGUCCCGGAGACCAGGCGGAAGGGUUGGAGCAAGGAAGGUGUACGCUUGUUGGAAGAGGAUCACGUCAGGGAAUACACAAGCAAAUCGGACAUGAAUAAGUCCAUGGGCCCUGAUAGGAUGCAGCUGCGAGUGCUGAGGGAGCUGGCAGAUGUCAUUGCAAAGCCACUCUUGUUGGGACAGUUUGCUGAUGAAGAGAAGAGAAUGCUCAGGGGGAUCAGGGACAUCUGUGCUGUCUGCGUGUGUGUAUGGGAACCUGAGUGCCAGCAACCAGAGUUGUACCACAGAGCAGGUGCCCACGUGCCCAUGGUGCCAGCGGCUGGAGCCAGCGAGGGUCCCUGUGCCCAUGGUGCCAGCGCAGCUGGAGCCAGCGAGGGUCUGGGUGCUGGCAGCUGGGCUGGGACCACGGGACGGAGGGACCGUGUGCUGACAGCCAGCAGCCGGAGGGACCGGGGCGAGUGA